ACGGAGAGGUCAGAAAGAAAGGGGUAAUUUAUUCUCGCUUGUUAGCUCGUAAGCAUUCGCUUGGGUAUUAGUAAAUUUAGUCAGCUAUCCAUCUCUCUCCUCUCUCUCUCUCUCUCUCUCUCUCCCUUUUCACGUGUAAAUAUGUCGUAGGUAUGCACGUAGCGUAUGUAUGCAUGCCCGCGUUGUAUAUGUCGGCGUGUUUACAGGACCCGACGAUCGCAACCAGCCAUCUCAUCGCAUCACCGCUCCGUCGCGCAUGACCUUCGCGGUCGUCCGAGCCGGCCUUUUUUUUUUUUCUUUCUUUUUUUCUGGGGAAUGUCUUUCUUUUUUUUUUCUCAUUCUCGUGCCUGGCAUCGCCCGCUAUGUUAGGCAGGUCGGAUCUGCAGGCGAAGGUGACGGGAGUGCAGCGCGACAAGCAUUCGGGAGGCUAUAUCACACGUCGAAUAUCGGCCGAGACGACUAUCUUUGCCUAUCUUGGUCCACCCAUCCCCGGCCUGGUCGUCCCUCUUCUUCCCGCGUUCCUCUCCGCUUCCUGAUCUCUCUCUCUCUCGCUCUCUCUCGCCCUUCCCGCUUUCUGCCUGACAUGCCCAUGCAUACGCGUUAUGUAGGUACGUCGGUAUGCACACAUGUGCAAAAUCCUUCCGAGCCUGCUGUUCCUGGCCCAGUUGCGACCCGGUCCCGUCGACGUCUGUUCGCGUGUCACCCACCUGAUCGACGACCCUUUCCGCGCUCUGCCCCGUACCGGUCUGCUGGUUUGAGUUGAGAUUCGUGUGCGCGUGCGUGUCCUGCUGGCGACGGAGAGCCAAGGGACCGGGAGCGCAGGUCGGGCUAGAUCAAUCUUUUCUUCUUCUUUUUUCUCCGGCUGUGUCCUCGCCCAGCCCCCCUGACACGGGCAUGAUAUGUAUGUAUAUGUAUGCGUAUGUACGUAUUUCCGUCGAAAACCUGAAAGGAGAUAGCGAUGAUCGGCCCUAUCCCCUCCAUCUCC